CCUGUGUGUCUUAAUGUGUGGACUGUUUUCCUUCAGCGGAUCAGCAGAAAUCUGCAGCUCGGGGCUUAUCCCACCUCCCUCCCCACCAGGUAAACCAGGAGGAUGGGGCUGUUUCUGUCUAAUUUUAUCUUCCUCAUCGGCCUCCUGGUGGGAUAUCUCUCUUUACGUUUGAUGUUUGACUCAAAUAUUUUAUCAGAACAUGUUUUCCAUUCACUACGGGAUGCAAAGAAUGGAGCCAAAUACUCUGCACGCCAUGUUCACACAGAUGAGACCAAAGGCACAACACUGGACUCUGCUCAAAGUCUACGAAUCUUGUGUUGGAUCAUGACAGGGCCCGAGUACAUAGAGUCCAGAACCAGGCACAUCAGGGCAACGUGGGCCCAGCGCUGUGACAAAGUGCUGUACAUGAGCUCUGUCCAAACAGACUUCCCCACUGUGGGGCUGAAUGUGAGCGAGGGGAGGGACGAGCUGCACUGGAAAACCAUCAGAGCCUUCCAGUACAUCCACCAGCAUCACCUGGACGAAGCCAACUGGUUCCUUAAGGCGGACGAUGACAUGUUUGUUGUUGUGGAGAAUCUACGUUAUGUGUUGUCCAGAUUUGAUCCAGAGAAGCCGUUGUAUCUGGGCGGGAGGUUUAAACCAGUCAUCAAACAGGGCAUGUCCAGAGGGCCGGGUUAUGUCCUCAGUAAAGAAGCGCUGAGACGAUUCAUCAGAGGCUUCGACAUGGGGAAAUGUACCAACUUUUCUGACAUGGAGGACACGGCUCUGGGGAAAUGUUUGGAGACGAUGAAGGUGGAGCUGGCAGACGUCAAGGGAAAGCAAACACUUCAUGCUUUUCCUUCAAACUAUGAACUGGUGGGACAACUACCAAGAUCUCAGCUUGGGUUUCUGCUGUACGAGUACUACGAUCCAACAGAGGGUCCAGGCUGCUGCACAGAUUUAGCGGUGUAUUUUCACUAUAUCGAUGGUGAGCAGAUGUAUGUGCUGGAUUACCUGAUGUAUCACCUGCGGCCAUACGGAUACAAAUACAGAUUCAACCCCCAUGUGAACUGAUUUUAAAUCACUACACUAUCAAUGAAGUACUCCUAAAUUUCUACUUCUGCACAAUAUUUUGUAUUUUUGUUGGUUCCUAUUUCAUAUUGGAGGAAUGCAUCUGUGGAUAUCUCUAAUUUUGAAUGCUUCACUUAUCUUAAACUUGCACCUUUUCAGGUGUUGAUUACAAGGGCAGGGUCAUUAAUGUAGAGUCAUAGAUUUAUAAACAUUCAGAGCUUUCAAAUUACUUUUGUCUCAACCUAAAAAUAUAUGAUUAUUUUUUCUGCAUCUGAAAGCUGUUUGCUAACCACCAUUGAGUAACUAAAGAAAGAGAAUGCAUUAGUCACUACUUUUUGCAUGCAGUUAACUCAGGUUAUGGAUAUUCAAAGUUACAAUAUCUAAAACUUAUUCACUGAAUGUCAGUUGAUUAAAAGUGUCUUCUCCUAUGUUAUAUAGUAAUUAAAUUACAUCAUAUAUAUUACCAGCAGUUUUAAAAAUGUGUGAUAUUCUUCAUUUUUAUAGUUGUUACAGGUUGCACCUUGUUUAAAUGACCAUAACAGACACAACCUGUUUAUUGUUGCCAUGGUUACAACGUGAAAGCUACAUGCUGCAUAAUGCCAGGGUAACUACUACAGAAAACUGCUGUCCUGUUGCUGUAUCUUAUUCAUGUUUUGCGCUGCUGAUUUUACACCAUGAUUAUUCUCUGAUACAAUUGUGAGUUCAGAUCAGCCCUGUGACUCAGAACCCCGCCUGCCCAUGUUUCACUGUGGUCCCCUGAGGCAUUUUCAGGUCAAGUAGAGAAGAGACAAGAUGCUCAGCUACACUAACCUUCAUGGCUUACUUCUUGUUUUGAAUCGAGGACUCUGUUCAAUGAAAACGUCACUCCUGAAGGUGUAUAUUAAAUAAGUGUUUUGGUUUCAUGGAUGAAUUUUUCUCAAUGAGGGUGAAAAGCUGUUAAAAGUGGCCUUCCUGGUCUACACUGUCUGCCAUCCCAGUGCCUCACAGCAUUAACCAGAAGGGCCACUAUUAACAGCUUUUCUCCCUCAUUAUGUGAAAUUCAUCAAUGAAACCAAAACAGUGGUAAGGAGGAAGGGGGGCAUAGAGAUAAAUGAGGUGUGUUCAAAAAGAGUGCUUGCUUUGGUCCCAACAUUUCCACUGAGAACCAUACCUAAUUCAGGAAAGGCUCAGUAAUAAACUUUUAUCACCUUACAAGCUUUUAUGAAGUGACACCUUUUAAAUUCAAAUGUCUAUGUGCAUCUAUUUCCUCUAAAUGUGGAAUAUCAAUGAAAUGGACAGUUGUUAAGAAAUUAUACUUUAUUUAUUGAUAAAAAAAUGUUUUUGUUAAUCAUGUUCUAAGAGUUCUAUUCCUUCUGGCACUUUAAUAGUGUUAAUAAAAUAUAUUUGACAGUUGUUUGUGCCUCUUUCUACACAACAUGAACCAUAGGUGUUUGUUAAAGUAAACUAGAACAAAUAUUUCUAAUGGAUGUACACCGGAGAAACAUCAUAUGAGAAGACAGUGUUACAAAGACUCUUCAGCACAGAGACUCAUAGAUGGGAUAUAUUACAGUACAGUUCCAAAACAUGGUGCCCUUAAAUUGAAUACAAAAUUGUUUGUGUACCGUUUACCUCAUCACUGUAAAAUCAGCAGGGAGGCAAACAGUCUCUCUAACCCGACCUUGGGGGUAGGGUGUCCAGAUUCUUGUUGAAUAGAGGGAUAAGGCCACAUGGCCCUUCAAACUGAGACUUUCCAGGCACACUCCAACCUAACUCUCAUGUGAAAUCUCCCAGAACCUUGUUAAUCAACUGCAAGAUUUGAAAAAUUACAUCAAUCUACAAAUCCAAAUUCUGAAAAAGUUGGGAUAUAAAAUGUGAAG